CGCAGUUCUCGCUACCAACUACACUCUCACCUACCAACACAGAUCAGUCUGACAGACUUACACAAACACCUUUCACUAAUUAAUUUUAUUUCCUGCAUCGCACUGAAAAGUCACACGCUCAAACGCAUUUGCUAGUUCAUCCAAGCUCACGUGUCCUCUGGUGACUCUCCCAGUAUCCUCCCCUGGGGUUCAGUCUGGGUUACUGUGCCUCUGCUGGAUCUGGACCAAACCACACAUCUCUGAAACUCGUCGUAUGGACAAAGGAUGGAGAUAGAUAAAGCGAGACAGACAGAGAGGUAUUGGGUUGGUGGGUGGGGGUGGGUGGUUUGAAUAGACUGCACUGGUUGCUGAAGCAAGAAAUCGUUGUCAACGGCAACACUGGAGCAGCAUGUCUCAGAUGAAAAGAUAUACUUACAGCAGGACCACCACCAGCAGCGGUAGCAGCAGAAUGAGUUCAGAUGCAGGUGGGCGCCCUGUGAAGGUGGGUUCUCUGGUUGAGGUCAUAGGUAAAGGUCAUCGAGGGACUGUGGCCUAUAUUGGAAACACACUCUUUGCCUCUGGAAAAUGGGUGGGAGUCAUUCUAGAAGAGCCUAAAGGCAAGAACGAUGGAACCGUGCAGGGCAAACGAUAUUUCACCUGUCAGGAGAACCGUGGAAUAUUUGUACGCCAAUCACAGAUUCAGUUAGUAGAAAAUGGAGCAGAUACAACAUCUCCUGACACCCCUGAAGCUUCCAUCUCCAAAGUGCCCAAGCGAGAAUUAAUUGAAGGUCCAAAGUCAAACAAAGUGCGAGGAACCAAACCCAAAAAGAUGAUGAGACAGACGCCUACAACUCGUAAGACCAUGGCCAGAAAGCCUAAGCAAACACGGACAGGGGUGGGGGUGAAGGUGGGCUCUGGCUCAGCCUCUGCAGGAGAGAUGAGCAGCAGUGAACCAAGCACACCUGCUCAAACACCACUAGCUGCUCCAGUCAUACCUUCACCUGUAGGAACCCUCCCCUCACCUGGAGCUCUUCACAUCCCAGGUCAAAACAAAGAAGAGGAGACACUGCGUGUCCAGGUGAAGGAUCUGGAAGAAAAGUUGGAGACUCUGAAGAUAAAGAGGACAGAGGACAAGGCAAAACUGAAGGAGCUUGAGAAGCACAAGAUUCAGCUGGAGCAGCUGCAGGAGUGGAAGAGUAAGAUGCAAGAACAACAAAAUGACCUGCAGAAACAACUCAAGGAGGCCAAGAAGGAAUCUACGGAAGCUCUUGAAGCUAAAGAGCGCUACAUGGAGGAGAUGGCAGAUACAGCAGAUGCCAUUGAGAUGGCUACACUGGAUAAGGAAAUGGCUGAAGAGAGGGCGGAGUCACUGCAACAGGAGGCUGACACCCUGAAAGAGAAAGUAGAGGAACUUACUAUGGACUUGGAGAUACUCAAACAUGAAAUAGAGGAAAAAGGCUCUGAUGGAGCAGCUUCUAGUUACCAUGUGAAACAGUUAGAGGAGCAGAAUGCUCGUCUGAAGGAGGCUUUAGUAAGGAUGCGUGACUUGUCUGCAUCAGAGAAACAAGAGCACUCAAAGCUCCAGAAACAAAUGGAGAAGAAGAAUUUUGAAUUGGAUGCUCUAAGAUCUCAGAAAGAGAAACUACAGGAGGAAAUGAAGAUGGCUGAGAGAACGAUUGACGAACUCAAAGAGCAGGUGGAUGCCGCUCUUGGGGCAGAAGAGAUGGUGGAGACAUUGACUGAGCGGAAUCUGGACUUGGAGGAGAAAGUACGAGAGCUCAGAGAGACGGUUGCAGAUCUGGAAGCCAUCAAUGAGAUGAAUGACGAGCUGCAGGAGAAUGCCAGAGAGACAGAGCUGGAGUUGAGAGAGCAGUUGGAUCUGGGUGCUGCCAGUGUAAGGGAUGUGGAGAAGCGUGUGGAGGCGGCACAGGAAACAGUAGCAGACUACCAGCAGACCAUCCAGAAAUACAGGGAACUCACAGCUAACCUGCAGGAAGUGAACAGGGAGCUGAUGAGCCAGCAGGAGGCCAGCACUGAGCAGCAGCAGUCUACUGAGAUCUUCGAUUUCAAGAUUAAAUUUGCAGAGACCAAAGCCUAUGCCAAGGCUAUAGAAAUGGAGCUGCGUAAAAUGGAGGUGGCUCAGUCUAACAGACAGGUGUCACUGUUGAUCUCUUUCAUGCCUGACUCCUUCCUCAAACAUGGAGGAGAUCAUGACUGCAUCCUCGCACUACUGCUCAUCCCACGACUCAUCUGCAAGGCAGAGCUAAUCAGUAAGCAGGCCCAGGAAAAGUUUGAGCUGACUGAGACCUGCUUACAGCGGGCUGGCAUGAGAGGGGCUGUUGGAGAGCAGCUGAGUUUUGCAGCUGGACUCAUCUAUUCUCUCACUCUGCUACAGGCAGCACUGCACAAAUAUGAACAUGCACUCAGUCAGUGCAAUGUGGAAGUGUACAAGCGUGUGGGUUCACUGUACUCUGAGAUGAGUGUGCAUGAACGCUCCCUAGACUUCCUCAUAGACCUCCUGUACAAAGACUUGCUAGACGAAACUGUCAAUGUGGAGCCUCUUACCAAAGCUAUUAAAUACUAUCAGCACCUUUACAGUAUUCAUCUUGCUGAACAGCCUGAGGACUGUACCAUGCAGCUAGCUGACCACAUCAAAUUUACCCAGAGUGCUCUAGACUGUAUGGCGGUGGAAGUAGGGCGUCUGAGGGCCUUCUUACAGGCAGGACAGGACGAGGAAGGGUUUUGUGUGCUGCUGAAGGAUCUGGACACUUCCUGUAGUGACAUACGACAGUUCUGCAAGAAGAUCCGUCGGCGCAUGCCAGGCACAGAUGCACCGGGCAUCCCAGUUGCCCUAUGCUUUGGCCCACAGGUGUGUGAGACCCUGGCAGAGAGCAGAAGGCAGCUGGCCUGGGUGAAUGCUGUGCUCCAGGAAGUGGCAGCGGCAGCAGCUCAGCUUGUCGCACCUCUCAGUGAACAAGAGGGUCUUCCUGCCCUCAAACUGGAAGACAUGGCCUUUAAAGCAGCUGAACAGAUCUAUGGGUCACAGGGCAUAAACCCCCAAGAGUGUCUGCGUCAAUCGUGCAGUGUAGUUAUAGCAACCAUGAACAAGAUGGCUACUGCUAUGCAGGAAGGAGAAUAUGACUCUGAGAGACCACACAAUGGGAUAUCUCCUGUGGAAGUCCGAGCAGCUGCGUUAAGGGCAGAGAUCACUGAUGCUGAAGGACUUGGCCUCAAACUUGAGGACAGAGAAACUGUCAUUAAAGAGCUUAAGAAAUCUCUAAAAAUAAAGGGAGAGGAACUAAGUGAGGCCAGUGUGCGACUCAGUCUGCUGGAGAAAAAGCUGGACAGUGCUUCUAAAGAUGCAGAUGAGCGAGUGGAGAAGAUCCAGACCAUCCUCGAUGAGACACAUUCACUCCUGAAAAAGAAGGAAAAGGAAUUUGAGGAGACAAUGGAUGCUCUCCAAGCUGACAUAGACCAACUAGAGGCAGAGAAGGUAGAGCUGAAGCAGAGAAUCAACAGUCAGUCAAAGAUGACCAUUGAGGGGCUGGGAGGAAGUCCCGCCUCUGGCAUCGCAUCCAUUGUGACGUGUGGAAUCACUUCUGGUGUGUGUGCAACUGCAGGAGUGCCAGUAAUAGACUCUCCACUCCUGACUCAGCAGAUUGAAGCUCAGAGACUCAGUAUAAAGCAUCUGAAAAACGAGAACAACAGGCUGAAGGCAGAAAAGAUGUGUGCUCAGCUGGCAUCUCUCCCUCCACUGAACGUGCCAAAGUUGGGCUGGAGAGAGGGCUGCAGGCCUGAGGUCUUAUCUAGUGCCCUCUACCGCAAAACAGACCAGCUGCUAGAUACUCUGCUCCAGAUGAGUGCCAAUGUUAAAGUGGUGGACAUCACAGGAAAAUCUCCAGUGAGCCCCAGUGCCCAACUAUUAGAGCAAACAGCAAGACUGCAGUCACUCAGUGACACUCUUGAUAGGCUAAAGGAUGAGGUAGCUGAACAUGUAGUGACUCAUAGGCCUGGUGCACAAGUCUCAUCUGACUUUGCCACUUUUCCCUGCAGUUCAUUUGUGAAGGCAAAGGAGGAGAAGAAAGGAGAUGCUGUGUUUGUCGGGCGUGUGAUGAUGCCUUGUACCCGAGGGCAGGAACAGGUGCAUCGCCUGGUACUCUCACAGCCUCAGCUCCAGAGAAUUCAUUGCCUCCUCCAGACUUAAAACCUGCUUUUCAUGAUACUAGCCCCUGUCGCCUCUUUCCAAAAACAAAACCUGCUCACUCCAAUUCUAUCCCAAAUAAUGUAAGACAAUAGUUGAAACAACAGGCUCAGUCUAAACUGAUCAGUACAGAUAAUUAGUGUUCCAAUUAAAGGUCCUGGCUUUAUCUGUCAAUCAUUUAUGAAUAAUGGAGAAUUUAUCUGUGACAGUUUUUUUAAUAAUGUUUCAGACAAGGAACAACAGACAUUACUGGGUAAAGGACACAAAAUGUCAUCAGUUAAUGAAGUUGUAGAUUCAGACACCUGGUAAUCUUUUGGUGUGAUUAUAUCGAGCCCACCAACAUUUUGAAAAGUUAUUUAAAAAAAGACAACAAAUUUGAAACAUGAGAUAUGCUAAAGAACAUGGCAUGAACUGGAUGAUUCUGCAUGACCUCUGCUGCUUUCUAUUUUUAUCCAUUCAGUCCCUUUCUUCCCAAUGAAUGUCCAUUGAUCCUUGUUUAGCUUGCUGGAUUAGAAUUCAAACCAUAUGUGUCUAUAAUGUACUAAUUAAUAAUCAGGCAUUUCAGAUAUAAAGGCCGCUACCAAACCUUUGAUUCUAUCAUUUCAUAUACAGGUGUAUAUCCAGAACAUUUUGAAAGGGGAGGCCAAGGGAGGUAAAUCCUUAAUCAAUUUCUUCAAUAAUUUGCAACUGUGCAUAAAUGUAAUGAUUUGAUAUAAGACUGGUACAUUUCCCUCUUCAAAACAUCAUAAGGGGCAUCUUGGCACAUCGACCUUCCUACAUUCAUACAGUGCAAAACAGUUACCUGAGUAUCAGAAAAUGUAUUCUCUUAUUCACUGUUCAUAUAUAAUCAAUCAAGGAUUUAACAGCUCAGUGUGCUUAAAUGUGAUACUUGAAUGUGCAAUGCCAAUGUGCUUUUGUUUACUUGCAGUAAAGAAAAUACAAAUGUCAUUUCUGUCUGAAGGGUCAGAAUUAGUGCCAAGCAAGGGAGAAGAAACAAACAUCAAGCCAGUGCUGCUGUAAGUGAAGGGGAUAGACAGGGAGAGGAGGACAUUAGGAGAUGAUAUUUAAAAACUUUUUAACUGCUGUAUAUUUGCUCAAAGAGGCUGUCAGUAUUCAAAUUGGAAUCAAGUUUGCAAUGGUAUGCUUUGUUACUAUUGUCUAUUGGUAAUCUAUUAACUGUAUAAAAUGCGUACUGUUGCCUACAGUAUUGUUGAAUGUGUUGGCAUAUUACAAAUAUUGUGACUCAAAUAAUUCAUUUAAAAAUAAAUAAUAAAUAAAUAAUUAUA